AUGAGCGGCGGCGGCAGCCCGAGCGGGCCGGACUCUCGCGUGGAGACCAUCUCCCGCCUCGCCCAGUGGCGCAUCGACACCUUCGGCCCCUGCUCCUACCGCCGCUCCGACCCUUUCAAGCUCGGCAUCUGGAACUGGUACCUGUCGGUGGAGAAGAGCAGGUCGGUGUACGUGCGCCUCUUCCCGGAGCCCGGCCGGCUGGCCAAGGAGCAGCCGCCGCUCGCCCGCUUCGUGCUCCGCGUCUCCUGGGUUGGCCCGCCGCGCCGCUCCAGCGUCUCCCCAGGCAUGGUGCAGGGCGUGGCCAGCAAGAGCACGCUGGGCUGCCUCUCGCGCAUGCUCACGGAGUCCAUCCACGCGGACGUGACCAUCAACACGACGGACGGCGUCCUGAAGGCGCACAAGUCGGUGCUGGCGGCGUGCUCCCCGGUGUUCGAGAGCAUGUUCGUCCACGACCUCAAGGAGAAGUCGUCGUCGACGAUCGACAUCGGGGACAUGUGCGUGGAGUCGUGCUCGGCCCUGCUGGGGUUCGUGUACGGGACGAUCCGGCAGGAGCAGUUCUGGAAGCACCGGCUGGCGCUGCUGGCGGCGGCGAACAAGUACGGGCUGGGCGAGGUGAAGUCGUGCUGCGAGGAGAGCCUGCUGGAGGACAUCAGCUCGGGCAACGUGCUGGAGCGGCUCCACGUGGCGUGGCUGUACCAGCUGGAGCGGCUCAAGAAGGGGUGCCUGGCGUACCUGUUUGUGUUCGGGAAGAUCUACGACGUGCGGGACGAGAUCAGCGGGUUCUUCCAGCACGCGGACCGCGAGCUCACCCUGGAGAUGUUCCAGGAGGGCACCGGCCUCCCCUUCAACAACUACUCCUGGCUCACCACGCACAACUCCUUCGCCCUCGCCGGCGCCCCCUCCGCCACCGGCGCCGCCAUCAUCGCCCCCACCAACCAGGAGGACUCCGUCACCGCGCAGCUCAAGAGGAGCGACGGCGGAGGCGCUCCCUUGGCUACCGAUGUGGCUAAUGGCCAUCUUGUAUGUGGUUGUGACAACAUUGCUUACUGCAAGGCCAACACGACAUUCGGAACCUGCGUGAUUCCUCCACCCCCACCGCCGUCGCCACCCAGGGCGCCCAAAGGUGGUACGAGCCCAGGCGGCGAUCCCAGUGCGGCGGUGGCCCGGCUUCCGGCCUUCCGGUGGAGCUGCUUCCUCGGACUGACGUCCCUGGCUCUGCUCUUCCUCUCUUGA